GGCACCAUGGCCAUGGGCACGCACACGAAGGAACAGGAGGUGUUCAGCGGCACGCACCAGUUUACCAUCGCCGGCUUCAGCCUAGAGAAGACCAAGGGCAUCCGAAACCCCGUGAGAUCCGGCGCCUUUGAGGUCGGAGGCUACAGCUGGAAGAUCCUGUGCUACCCUGCCGGCAAGGAAGAACGAGGCCGGGGCUACGUCUCGGCAUAUCUCGAGGUGGUGAGACCCGCCGGAGACAAGUUCAAGCUCAAGUUCUGCAUCACCAUCAUUGGGCCCGGGGGAAAGCGGCAGCCUAUCGUCUACUCCUGGUGGAACCGAUGGGCGGAAAGUGCCUCUGAUGCGAACGAACUGUCAUGGGGGAGCUAUCACGCUAUCAGCCUGCGAUCUGUGGAGUCGGGGUGCCUGGUGGACGACCGUCUCACGCUGAGCUGCACCGUCCAUGUCCAAAAGCUCGAGGCGUCCACCGCAAGCCGCUCCAUCGUCAAGGUUCCGCCCCCUGGCAUCAGCCAGGAUGUUGCGCGGCUCCUGGAGAGCGAGCUUGGGUCGGACGUCACGUUCCAAGUCGACUCCAACCACUACCACGCGCACAAGGCGGUUGUGGCGACGCGGUCGCCGGUCUUCGCCGCUCAGUUCUUCGGGCCGCUGGCGGACGGGUCCGGUGGCCGCUGCGUGAGGAUCCACGACAUGGCACCCGCAGCGUUUGAGGCCGUGCUGCACUUCAUCUACACUGACACGUUGCCGCCGCCUGUCAAUGACGACGAAAGUGUGUCCGCAAGCUGCACAGAGGUAGGAGAAAUAAUGGCGGCCGGCCAUUCAGCGGAAAGGCGUAGGGAUAUGGUCUGCGACUGGCUCGCCGCUGCGGAUCGAUAUGGCCUCGAGAGGAUGAGGCUGCUGUGUGAGAGCGUGCUGUGGGAGACCAUCCAUGUGGCGAAUGCUGCGGCCACGUUGGAGAUUGCUGACCGUCACCAUUGCCAACAGCUCAAGUCCUUCUGCAUAGACUACAUCGCCUCCCCUAAGGUGUUGCCUGGUGUGCUAGCAACCGACGGAUACAAGGAACUUAAGUUGAACUGUCCCUUGCUUGUUGCCGAUAUCUUGGAGAAGCUUGGAAGUGUGUGUUAAUGCAAUUACUCCAAGAUGAUUUCAUAUUCCAUGAUGAUUCUUUAGUUAGUCUUUCG